CAGUUCUGGCUUCAUACGGAGACAAUUUCCUCCCUGGGACCUCUCGAGUACAUCAUCAACACCCCAUCGCAUCAUCGAGUUCAUCACGGAUGCAACCGGUACUGUAUAGACAAGAACUAUGCAGGGGUACUCAUCAUCUGGGAUAGAAUUUUUGGGACAUUUGUACCCGAAGGCGAACAAGUUGCCUAUGGCCUCACCCACGCAGUCAGCACUUUCAAUCCCAUCAAACUCCAAAACAUCUGGAAAUCCCUGUGGGAGAUGAAGACCUGGGGAGACCGACUGAAAGUUCUUUUCUACGGCCCAGGCUGGGAACCCGGACAACCCAGGCUUUACCCUGAGGAUCUAUUGCCUG